AUGUUUUCCACUCAGGUCUUUCGUAAAAACAUUUUUCCAUCUCACUUCGUUAACCAUCGAGUACGAUGCCUUCAGUCACCGAGUCUUACGUUGAGGAACUCGAGACCUGACUUACUUCAGUCAACGUUUUCGAGAAAUUUUACAAACGUAAAAGACGCUGAGGCCGGACAUAAAGCUGAAGAUGUGAUACCAGAGGGUUCCAAAAUUCCAGUGACAUCUUUUGGAGAACUGGUGCAAAAGAAGUUUAUUGAUAUUUCAAAAAAACUAAAAAAACCCAAACCUCCAUCUCAUACUUCGUCUGCCACUUUCGGGUGGAAAGAUAUAUGGAAUUUCUUACGAAACAAUUGGAAGCAAAUUAUAUUAGCGGACUUUCUUGUCGCUUUUGUCGUGGACAAGGUCAGUGAGUAUCGUGUCGGCUCGGCUCUAGAAAAUGGUACUAGGCCUGUGGCAAAAGUGAAGGAUGGGCAGUUUGUUUCUCGACCUCAAAUUUCCGAAACCCUUGAGAAAGUUUUUCAACCAGAUGAAGAUCAUUCAUAUUAUCAUGUCGUCUGCGGAGAACAUGGAACCGGGAAGACAACAUUGACUAGAAGGGAGGCAAAAAAUAUUGGAAAAGGCGUCAUCUAUGUUGAUAUUCCUUCCGAUUUUGAGAACUUGGGAAAAGCUUUUGGGAAGGCCAUUAAUUUGUCAUUCUUUGAAGACACCUCUAUUACAGCAUUUCUGGUUCGAAAAUUUUUUUCUUCUGCAGUGGGUGUAACUGGUGGCGAGUCUACCAUUUCCUCUUACCAGUGGAGAAGAGUUUUGGAAAUUUUUCGACGUGCUUCUGAAGUAUAUAGAGAAAAACAUGGAAAACUGCCAGUUAUUAUUUAUGAUAAUGUUAGCCGAUUGGUUCACAAAAAUUCAGAAAUUCUCGACAUCCUUCAAGAUGAGGCCAAGGAUAAUGCUGAUGAAAGAACAUAUGUUGCUGUGUUUGUCACUAGUGAAGGUUCAGUUCCCCGGAGAAUGGAAUCACGCAGUGCUUGGUCACGAGCAAAACAGCCAGUAAUUGAGAUUGGAGAUCUUAGCGAAGAAGAAUCAAUGGAAUAUCUGAUUAAAAAGCGCAAGAUCAAUGAGGUGGAAGCAAAAAAAUUAUAUAAAUUGGUUGGUGGUCGCAUUGUAGAGUUGAAGUCUGUUGCAGAUGAUUUUAUUGCUGGACAAUCCUUUGAAGCAGGAAAACGUUUAAUUAAAGUUUUGCUGGAUUCUAAAGAGAUUGAUACUGAUUUAUUUAGAGAAUAUUUUAAGGACGAGAAAUACAGUGAAGUUUUAGAAGCUAAUGUGUUUGCAUACCAUCCAUCAAGAGAUAGUGUGACCUUUCAGUCGCAAUCAAUAGAAUGCUAUAUUCGCGAAAAUGCUAGUAUAUUUAUUGAACAAGAGUCAUGA